AUGGCAACUCCAGAAGAAGCGGAGAGGAUUGUAAAGGAGGUGAAGGAGUAUUAUGGAUAUUUGGACCAUGACAUGAUGGACGAUAUUGGCCGGUUCAACUCCGACUAUCGUCGAAGGAUUGAUGCAAAUUGGCUCAAGAUGGAGAACGCCGCAUCGCAUUCCAUCAAAGUUUUAGCAAGAAACAUAUCCGGCAGCGGUGCUCGAUUCGUGUUCGAGCUUCUCCAGAAUGCCGAUGACAAGAAUGAUCCCCCGUUUAUCUCCUUUCAGAUCCACCCGAAACACAUCGUGGUUGAGUGCAACGAGGACGGAUUUACUAGUCUGGAUCUGAAGGCGAUAUGCUCUGUCGGAUAA